GCUAAGCGCACCAAGAAGGUUGGGAUUGUGGGUAAAUAUGGUACCCGCUACGGUGCAUCCCUUAGGAAAAUGGUGAAGAAGAUUGAAAUCAGCCAGCAUGCCAAAUAUACCUGCUCCUUCUGCGGCAAGACCAAAAUGAAGAGGAAGGCUGUGGGUAUCUGGCACUGUGGAUCCUGCAUGAAGACAGUUGCUGGUGGUGCCUGGACUUACAAUACCACCUCUGCAGUGACAGUCAAAUCUGCGAUCAGAAGACUGAAGGAAUUGAAGGACCAGUAGAAGCUACAUCCUCUUCUCCUUGUGCAACAUCCUUUUUUUUUUCCACUGUGAAGAUCUGUCCUUUUAACAAUAAAAAGGUGAUAAUGGAGUGGAAUCA